AUGGCGUCACAAGCUCCCACAGUUUCCGAGGCCAGCUCUUCUGCUCACUAUACCGAAAAGACAGACAUCAUUGUCAAUAUCUUCAACCGAAACGCCGACACUACUCCGUCUGCAUACACCGACUUUCUCUUCUCACGAGCCCAGCUAGGCCAAAUUUUGCUCAACCUUGAAAAUGCAGGUCACGCUGUUUUCUCAGUUUCUUACAACGGCAACGUUGCUGACGUCGUUUGCGGUUGCAACUCCGACGAAUGGACAGAAUGCCUUCGAAGAUAG